AAAACAAAUUAACGUUCUCUCGUACUAAAUGUCCACAGUUGCUUGAAAACGUGAAGAAAGCUGUGGAAAGUGUGCUUUCGAAUGAGCUUCCAUUCUGCGAUGCAGUCGCAUUUACUUCGGACACCUGGACUUCACGCUCAAAUGAGCCUUUUCAAAGUUUGACGCUGCACUACGUGUCGAAAAAAUACGUAAUCAGGAAAUUCACAGUAGACUGCAAAUCAUUUCGCGGACGUCACACUUCUGAAGCAAUUGCUAAGCUAUGCGACGAAAUGAUUAGUUCAAUACCAGGGCUCAAUCCAUCCUUCACUCGAUACGCAACAACCGAUUCAGGAGCAAACAUGCUAAAAGCAAUGUGCUUAGCUAACGAAGUGUCAGGAAGUCUGAAAUGUAUUGACCAUAUUUUCAAUACAUGUGUAAAUAAAGCAUUGGAAAAAAGCUCUCUGAUGGAAGUAAUCGGACUUUGCAAGAAUCUGGCAUCCCUGACACAUCGGUCAUCGCUAUCACAGCAAAAAAUUCGAAAGGCAUGUGAAUCUGUCGCUGUCACAUACAGGAAAAUAGUGCAGCCGGUCCAGACAAGGUGGAACAGCCUAUAUGCUUGUCUCGUGUCAAUUAUUGCUAUGAAAGCCCCUCUGCUGUUUGUCCGAGAGAACGAUGAAGGCACAGACCUUGCCAAAACAAUUCCGGACGAGUUUGGAUUCUGUAAGCUGGAACAAAUUAUAAGGCCUCUAGAAGAUAUCCGCAAAGCAUCCGAAGCAUUAUCCGCGGAGGAUAAACCGACAAUUCAUCUGGUGCUUUGUUAUAUGAUGACCCUCAAUAAUCUACAAUCAAAGUACGGAGGUCUAGGAAAAGAAACCAUGGAACUAUGUCGAGUUUUUGUUGAAAAUCUCAACCAGCGCGUUCCCAACAAGGGGAAAAAUGAAUAUGUUUAUUGUGUGGCGAACUUGAUUCACCCAAGGUUUAAAGGGUCGGUCAUGAAGUUGGAUAACGAUCAAUAUACUUUUGACGUUACAAAAAACCGCAUGCUGCCAAACAGACAUUCAACGUGAGAUGAGAACUUACAUCGAGAAUACACCUAGAGCAGAGUCAGUAGAAGUAGAUAUUCUACAGUGGUGGAAAAACAAAGAACGCGAUUUUCCGUGCCUUGCUAAAUAUGUUAGGCAAAUACUGGCAAUCCCGGCAACAUCUGCGCCAUCUGAACGAGUUUUCUCGUGUGGUGGAAAUAUAAUGACGGCACAGCGUUAUCAAUUAUCAAGUCAAAACUUAGAAAUGUUGAUCUACAUAAAGCAAAACUUUGAUAAAGUCCUGAUUGCUAAAUGAAAGUAUCGGUAGUGUAGAUACGUUUAGUUUAGGUUUCGUUAAGUUUCAACAACGUAUACCAUCGUCUACCAUACGUUUUAAUUUUUUCGGUUAAGUUUCAUCCCUUUAUUGUUAUUUUUUUAACAUUACAUGUUUUUUUAUAUAAGAUCGUACACAUCGUCAAUGCACGAGUGAGGCAUCACUCCCAAUAAGUGUUUAUUCUGAGUUUAAUAAUAACUCAUCAAAUUGUAUUUGGACAACAGACAUAAUAUUGAACCAUU